AUGUCCAUUUUAAUCGUAUCCAGGUCAUCAGUCAACCAUCUCAACAAGAUAAUCAGAGCAAACUCCAAGCCUACCUCUGGCGUGAGCAAAGCCAUUAGUGCAGAUUUGUUUACGAGCAACAUCGUUGUUGCUAAGCGGGCCUGUCAAUCAUCCAUUCGUAUUAGGCAAGACCAACUCCUCUUGGAUACCAUUGACCCUUGCCAGCGCUGUCAGAUGCUAUACGUUGACCAGCCUACGGGCGUAAGACGCAACGAAAUAUUUGCUGCGCUGCCUAAGAUGCGAAAAGUCGAUGGUAGAGUUCAAUUUGGUAGAUACGCGGUAAUGUCAACAAAGGAAGGCGAGAACAUUAGGAAGGGCCCGGGUAGCAGGACAAUUAUAGUGGGAGAUGUGGUGUUACCAACAGAGCAGAACCACUGA